UCACUCCUCAAAAGGCACCAAAACCGCACCACGGCACCAACUUUACUCAUACCUUAUCAUAGUUUUAUACGUGGGGAAAUCUCUCAAGCAACACAGAAACAGUUGAGUGAUUGUGAGCUGGGCUUAUUUACGAUGCUUCACAAAAUCAAGGCACGCAGAUCCAUGACGCAAGACGAGCUUCUAGAACUAUGUAAAACCGAGGCAAGUAGACUAGAGAAUCUUCAGAGAGAGAAACUUCAUGCUAAGGACGUUCAGCUUUCUUGCUCUCACUGCAUUAUUGUGCCAGGGCCAACGACAGAAGUUGUAUAUAAGACCCUGCCGCCCACGAAUACCAUUGCCGUUGUCGUCGAUAUAUCCUCAUCUGGUGGAGCAAUAAAAAUUGGGGAGAAAGCAAAUAAUGAUCUAGGUGUAGCAGCUGUAGGUAGGGUCGGUACAGAGGAUGCAUCUGAUCUGGUCAUUGUGCCGUGGAAUGUCGAUUGGUGGUUCUACUCGAUUGGAUCUGUUAGCAUUCAAUACGUUGUAAAGGUAGGGUAGGCCCUGUUUCUCAACUUACACAUGAUCUGGUGUCUUUGGGUGCUAAAAUGGAGAGACAUUUCAUCUGUGACAGGAAUUGUUAUGAAAGACAAUGAUGCGUUGUCAAAUGGUUCUGUCAACCAUACUUGUCCAGCAAUUUGGUCUGACGUAGCAAUUACGCGAGCAUCUUCUUGCGUAAGUGCAAAUACCCGUCCAGAGAGAGUGCCUUACACUGGCUUGAAGAAGUGCCU